GUCUGGAGGUUUGUGACCUCACCUGGUACCCUGGGAUCAUUUGCAAAUUGUGGGGAAACUGUGGUGCUGCGGCGCAGCGUAGUUGGUCGCAGCUGGGCAAUAGUUAACCAAUGCAGCUGCAAUGCAUUCUGCUUAGAGUUCUUUAAGCAUUGAUCGCGUGCCAUGGAGACUAUGGCAGAAGAUGUACCUUCCCUGAAGGCUGAAAUAGAGCGACUGACCCGAGAACUAGAUGAGGCCAGCAGUGACAAGAUUCAAUCGGCCCAGUAUGGUCUUGCACUGCUGGAAGAGAAAGAAGCACUAUCAAGACGGUGUGAGGAACUGGAGGCAGCUUAUGAGAAUUCCAAACAUGAUCUCAACAUCACUAGUGAGGCACUGGCCAAGUUCCAGACCAGCCAUGAACAGUCCACCCGAUCAGGCAUCGAACAGGAGGAGAGCAUGCUCUCUGAGUCUCAUGCUCGAGAGACGUCACUCAACUCACAGAUACUGGAGCUGGAAAUGGAUGCACGACAUGCGCGUCAGGAGGUCUCCCGCCUGCUCUCUGAGAAGGACGCGGCGCAGCGCGAGCUGGCUGAGCUGGGCAAGGACCGCGACAUCACCAGCCUCGAGCGGCGCAACUUGCGCUCCGAGCUCAAGGACCUCAAGUACCGCGAGACGCGCCUGCUGCAGGACUACUCAGAGCUCGAGGAGGAGAAUAUAACACUGCAGAAGCAGGUCUCUGCUCUGCGCUCCUCACAGGUGGAGUUUGAGUCGGCGAAGCACGAGGCGCGCCGCCUUCAGGAGGAGGUGGAGGUGCUGAACGGCCAGGUGGAAGAGCAAACAGCGCUCAAGCAGAUCGCCGAGAAGCAGAUGGAGGAAGCGCUGGAGGCAUUGCAGGGCGAGCGCGAGGCCAAAUACGCUCUAAAGCGGGAGUUGGACAAGCGGAUCAACUCGGAGUCCAUGUUGAAUCUCAGCAACCUGGCGCUCUCCACCCUCCGAAUGGGUGACGCUCAGACGGAGAGCGAGGGCGAGGACGACCAGCCGACGCUGAAGCGUCUCGAGGCCGACAUCAUGGACUCGUCCGACAAGCAGAAGAGCGGCCACGUCGGCGAUCUCUUCUCCGAGAUCCACCUCAAUGAGCUGCGCAAGCUGGAGAAGCAGAUCGAGCAGGCGGACGCCGAGAAGGGCCAGCUUACGCGCAGUCUGCGCGACAGCCAGGAAAGCCUGGAGCGGGCGCGCGCCGAGCUGGAGUCGCAGCGGGCGCAGGCCGCCCAGCUGGUGGCGCACGUGGAGGCGCUGAUGGCCCUGCACGAGGAGGAGGAGGGCGACAGCCUGCCGCCGACGGUCGGCGCCGCCGCUCAGUCGCCGGAGCUGGCCAAGGUCGAGCAGGUGCUGGACAAGCACCGGCAGCGGCACCAGCUGGCCAUGCUGGAGAUCAGCCGGCUGCAGACAGACAUCCAGCACAUGCAGGCCUCCGAGACCAACUCGUCAGAGGCCGUCGUCAACCUGCGCAACGAGGUGACGUCGCUGCGCAGCCGCCUCUCCGAGUCGGAGGUGCACGUGGGCGACCUGCAGUCGGACUUGUCGGUGCUCAGCCAGCUGACGGCGCUGACGCAGGGCACGCUGUCCAGCACGCAGGAGGACAUGCUGGGCGUCAGCGAGGAGCUGGCCCAGCUGUACCACCAGGUCUGCCUGGCGCACGGCCAGACGCCCCAUCGCGUCAUGCUCGAGCACAUGCAGAACGUCAAAACUCUGGGCGAGGGCAGUCCCAGCCGCGAAGGGUCACCCAACAGCUCGUUCGCGCCCACCAAGUUCGAGCAGCUGAUGAGCUCGCUGAAGCUGGCCAAACCGCUGAAGGAGGGCGAGGCGGCCGACCCGACCCUGGUCGCCAAGCAGAUGGAGACGAUCACGGACCAGGUCAAGUACCUGCGCCGCGCCGUGGAGCACGUGAUGGACCUGAACAAGCAGUCGGCGGCCGGGCCGCGCGCCGAGACCGACGGCGAGGCCGACACCGAGCAGCUGCAGAUGGAGGAGCUGCAGGAGCAGGUGAUCAAGCUGAAGAGCCUGCUGUCCACGAAGCGGGAGCAGAUCGCCACGCUGCGCACCGUGCUCAAGGCUAACAAGCAGACGGCCGAGGUGGCGCUGGCCAACCUCAAGUCCAAGUACGUCAACGAGAAGACUAUUGUCAGCAAGACCAUGAUGAAGCUGCGCAACGAGCUGCGCCUGCUCAAGGAGGACGCGGCCACCUUCUCCAGUCUGCGCGCCAUGUUCGCCGCUCGCUGCGAGGAGUACGUCACGCAGGUGGACGAGCUGCAGCGACAGAUGGCCAGCAGCGAGGAGGAGAAGAAGACGCUCAACUCGCUGCUGCGCAUGGCCAUCCAGCAGAAGCUGACGCUCACCCAGAAGCUGGAGGACCUGGAGCUGGACCGCGAGCGGCGGCCGGCGCGCUCCUCCGCCGCGCAGGACGGCAGCUGGCGCCGGUUCGGCUCUGUGCUCGGCAUCGACGCAGGCGACUGGCACUCCGCCGCCGAGCCCAACCAGCUGGGUCGUACCGCUGCUGAGGCUGAAGUGGAUAUCUGGCUAGCGAAUGACCUGGCCGCCUCCAUGGUCUAG